AUGAAAGUGUUCAUCGUCUUAGCGGCGGUCGCCGCCUUAGCCAAUGCCCAAUUCAAGUGCCCAAACAAAGAUGGCCAAUACCCAGACGACCAACAAUGCGACAAGUUCUACGAGUGCGUAGACGGCGUGGCCACCACCAAACUUUGUCCUGACGGGCUGGUGUUUGACCCCACAAUCAGAAAAAUCAACAAGUGUGACCAACCUUUCAACGUUGAUUGCGGCGACAGGACAGAGCUGCAACCCGCCAAGCCCACCACUCAAUGCCCACGUCGCAACGGUUUCUUCGCUCACCCCGAUGCUUCCGUUUGCAACAUCUUUUACAACUGCAUUGAAGGUGAAGCUAUUGAAGUAAAAUGUACAGCUGGACUUCACUUCGACGAGUACUCAGGCACCUGUGUCUGGCCCGACUCUGCCGGCAGGCAAGGUUGUCUAGUACAGGAGAGAAAAACCAAGGAUGGCUUUGAAUGCCCCAAGGAACCAGAAAAGGACCGACAAGGCCAACAAGUUGCUCACCCCAAGUUCCCUCACCCAACGGAUUGCCAGCGCUUCUACGUUUGCCUAAACGGUGUUGAGCCUCGUGACCUUGGAUGCCAAGUCGGAGAAGUCUACAAUGAAGAGUUAGAGAAAUGUGAUGCCCCUGAAAAUGUUCGCGGAUGCGAGGAUUGGUACAAGGAUUCCGAAGAUGGAGCGCCGACGCCCAAAUCGAGGUCUUAA